CCGAGGGGCGCGCACGCGCGGGGCGAGUCGCGGGGCGGGUCCCUGGAGGUUGCUCUUCUCGUACCGGUCGUUCCCGCUGAGGGCCCGCUCGGCAGAGGAGCCUGCGGCGACUGCGGCCUCCACCGGCCGACGCGAGAUGUGGCCUUCAGGGGAACCCACUACAUGCCGGCAGAGUGCCUCUGCCAGGAUUCUCCAUUUCUGGGUAAAGAAUGCAGACAAUAAAGUGUGUAGUUGUUGGAGAUGGUGCGGUGGGAAAGACCUGUCUUCUCAUCAGCUACACCACCAAUGCCUUUCCAGAGGAGUACAUACCCACUGUGUUUGACAACUAUAGUGCCCAGAUGACUGUGGAUGGCCGGACAGUUAGUCUAAAUCUCUGGGACACUGCAGGCCAGGAGGAAUAUGACCGUCUACGUACCCUCUCAUACCCUCAAACCAAUGUAUUUGUCAUCUGUUUUUCCAUUGGAAGUCCCUCCUCUUAUGCAAAUGUUCGGCACAAAUGGCACCCUGAAGUCUCUCACCACUGUCCUAAUGUUCCAAUCCUUUUAGUUGGCACCAAAAGGGACUUACGAAGUGAUGUGGAAACCGUUAAAAAGCUGAAGGAGCAAAGCUUGGCUCCCACUACCCCACAACAGGGAACUUCACUGGCCAAACAGAUUGGAGCAGUAAAAUAUUUGGAAUGCUCAGCUCUGAACCAGGAGGGGGUUCGAGAGGUGUUUGCUGAAGCUGUGCGCGCAGUUUUAUACCCAGUGGCAAAGAAAAACACAAAAAAGUGUGUCCUGUUGUAGUUGCCGAAGACGAUGGAUAUUUGAAGUGAAAUGAAGACUGACGGGGAUCUUGGCGGGCUCCUUUCUUUUUUUUAAUUGAAGAUUUGCAUCUUGCACUAACAGGUCUAAACAGAAAUGGUUCAUGCAAAGUAUAUUCUUGCAGUUUGGUAACUGCUUCAGGGAAACUGAGACAAACCAGUUCAUUCCAGCCUAGUGAGAGACUGAUGAAAUAUCUAUCCAUCUUCUAAAGUUCCAGAGUCUCCAGCAUCUCCAGAGUUCAGUUGGCUUCCAUUCUUUUCAAUAGAAGAGGAUGAGGGGACUUCUUCAAAGCCAAACUUUUCCUUUACUAGACAAACUUCAGUUAUUGGCCUUGCUGAAAGCGACAGAUAUUGAUAAUUUUGCUUUAAAUAUAGUUCCUGCUGCUUCUGGCCCUUACUGAUUCAUCAACUUGGUCUACCAGACAAGAGCCUGGCUUUCUAAUUAUUGCCUUAAUUUGACAUCAUGAAAUUUGAAAACCAUUUGUCUAAAUUUAAAAAUGCUGAAACCUUCAAUAUUAAUAUGAGACUUACUUUAUAGUGAAGAAUGUGAUUACUUGUAUGAAAAGUUAAUGAAAACCAAUCAUGUUUGGUCCAGUGUUUCAGACAUAAGGAACUCCUGAAAUGGUUACAUUAGUAUUAAGAUCAGAAGUUGGCACCUCCUGAUAUGUGGAAUUCUAGAUGACAGUAACUCAAAUAAAUGAUUCUGUGGUGGUUUAGGAACAGAGAGGUGAGAUGGUAACAAAAUGCAGGUCUGCCAUAGUUGUCUUAACUGUAUUAGGGUUUCUCUUCCCCCUCUAAAGAGUAUUUUAAAUUUUGAGAGUGGAGUUAUUGUUCUCUCUUCAAACUGCUUGAGGUAAUUGGGAUGACAUUCUCAAAGUGGAUUUCCUAGUAUGACCUGCAUACUUGUACAUGUACAUUCCCCUGCCUUUUAGGAGAAUUCCAGAGAGUUGGAAGGAGGCUGUUGCUCUUGAGGAAUUAGUUCUUUCUCCCAACCAUAAUUAACCCCUGCAUCAUUGCAUGAGAGUUCAUGGCAGAUCAUGUCUUGGAAUUGUGUAGGUCCUAUAACAUGAAGCCAGGAACCAUGUUUAACUAUGGUUCCAGUUAAACUGUUUUUAAUGGUUGGCCAGCUAUGGUGGAUACGGUUACCUGGGCUACAGCAUUUUAAAAAUAAUUCUCCUCUCCACGCUAGCUGGUCACACAUUAUUAUAAAUUACUUUUAGCUGAAGCUCUAUUUAAACACUUCAAUAACUGUUCCUACCCCUUUGUGAAUGGUCACUGGCUUCUAUCUUCAGAAGUCUGUUUACCCACAACACCUAGGAUGAGCAAAAAAGCAGCAGUGUGAAACCUCCAUUAAAGACUUGCCCCUGCAACUUGCAGAUCUGAAAUUGAUGUGCUGUAUAAGAGAUUCUGUAUUAAUAUAAGGAUGCUGGGAUUUGUGGGUUUCGUGUACUGAAAUUAAUAAUCUCAUUCCUUGCGUAGGUGCCACUGACUGUAUUUGGGAGCAGCCUGUGUUAGUGGUUCAGAUCUUAGUUUCCUAAAGUAUCUCACCCAUGCAAAAAUGUGUGUUAUGCCUGCACUAUAUGGAAUGAGCUCUCUUUUCUCAUUGCAGCAAGAUGCUGGUGGGUUGGCAACUGUAGGGCUAUUAGGAUUAAGAGAAAUAUUAAAUUAGCCUUGCCUUAUGUGGUAUUGAAGUAUGCGGUGGAUAUAUUCCUAUCUGUCCCCUACUUCCCCUCAAAGAAGAGGAUGUGCCUUUCUCUCUGCCUGAUGUACUGAUAACUUACAGUAACUACAAUUCCAUUAUAACUGAUGGCAUAUAUUACUUUAGCAAAUCCCACUCUAAAAGGCUAAAUUACAAGCCACAGUUGACCCAAGCCAUCAGUAUGACUAGCUAAUGAAACAAAUGUAGUGUACUGGGAAUGGUUCAGAUAAACACCAAAAUAACAAUAUGCCAUAAUGUUUGCAGAAGCCUGGGGAUGCUUCCUUCUACAUACCACUUUCUUUUUUGUUCUUCACAAAGUGCCAUGAACUAGAACAACUUGGAGAGCUUUUUACUGUCUUCAUAGUACCUCAUUAACAGACUGAUUUCAACAUCUGAUAUUUCUGUGUAUUUUCUGCCAAGAGGAGCAGGUAUCCUGCUAUUCUGACAGUUCUUACUCCAGGGCCUGAUCUCUGCAGGAAUGAAUUUCAGGAGCGUGCAGAUAUCGUGAACUUUUUUCUUUAUUACAAUAA